AUGCCUUCUAAUCCAGACCCCCGUUUUUGCCUCUCAAGGUGGUUUGGAAAAUUCCGGCGAGAAUCAGAUCAGCCAGAAACCGGGGACGAUGUCGACGAGCCCAAUCAAAUAUCAAGCACAGUCGAAUGCUACGCUUGUACUCAGGUGGGUGUUCCUAUAUUCCACUCCACCAGCUGCGACAAGGCCCACCAGCCGGAGUGGGAGGCUUCCGCCGGUUCUUCGUUAAUCCCAAUUAAAAACCGACCGGGCCUGAAAACGGGCAAAACCCGCUCCGCCAACAGCCACAGGAGGAAUUUGGGUCCGUUCGGCCGGGUCUUGGACCCGAGAAGUAAGCGGGUGCAGAAGUGGAACCGUGCUUUCUUACUGGUACGCGCCAUGGCGUUGGCCGUCGAUCCUCUGUUCUUCUACGCCCUGUCGAUCGGACGCGGUAGCUCGCCGUGCUUGUAUAUGGACGGCGGACUUGCGGCGAUCGUCACCGUCAUUCGCACGUGCUUGGACGUCGUACACCUCUGCCAUUUGUGGCUGCAGUUUCGGUUGGCUUACGUGUCGAGAGAAUCGCUCGUUGUUGGAUGCGGGAAACUCGUGUGGGACGCACGUGCCAUUGCUUCGCAUUACCUGUGGUCACUUAAGGGAUUUUGGUUCGAUGCUUUCGUGAUUCUACCCGUACCUCAGGCUGUGUUUUGGCUGGUAGUGCCACGAUUGAUCAAAGACGAGCAAAUAAAGCUUAUAAUGACAAUUCUCCUGCUGAUGUUCCUGUUCCAGUUCCUUCCUAAGGUCUAUCACAGUAUAUACAUGAUGAAAAGAAUGCAGAAAGUGACAGGUUACAUCUUUGGCACCAUUUGGUGGGGUUUUGGCCUUAAUCUCAUAGCAUAUUUUAUUGCUUCUCAUGUUGCCGGGGGAUGCUGGUAUGUUCUUUCUAUACAACGCAUUGCAUCGUGCCUCAAGCAGCAGUGUAACAGAAGUAGUACAUGUAAUCUCUCUUUGUCAUGCUCAGACGAAGUCUGUUACCAGUUUCUAUUACCAUCGGGGACGAUAGGAAAUCCAUGUGCCGAUAACUCAACCGUUGUACUAAGAAAGCCAUUGUGUUUGGACAUCAAUGGACCAUUCAGAUAUGGAAUAUACAAGUGGGCUCUUCCAGUCGUGUCUAGCAAUUCUGUUACUGUUAAGAUCCUUUAUCCCAUAUUUUGGGGAUUAAUGACCCUAAGCACCUUUGGCAAUGACUUGGAACCGACAAGCCACUGGCUCGAAGUAAUGUUCAGUAUAUGUAUGGUGCUUAGUGGUUUAAUGCUGUUCACGCUGUUAAUCGGAAAUAUUCAGGUAUUUUUACAUGCGGUAAUGGCGAGGAAGAGGAAAAUGCAAUUAAGGUGCCGAGACAUGGAAUGGUGGAUGAGACGGAGGCAAUUGCCAUCACAAUUGAGACAAAGAGUUCGUCGAUAUGAACGUGAAAGAUGUACAGCUAUGGGUGGAGAUGAUGAGAUGGAACUUAUUAAAGACUUACCAGAAGGACUUCGAAGGGACAUCAAACGCUAUCUUUGCCUCGACUUAAUUAAAAAGGUGCCUCUCUUCCACAGUCUGGAUGAUCUCAUACUGGAUAAUAUCUGUGACCGUGCCAAGCCCCUCGUUUUCUCCAAAGAUGAAAAGAUUGUUCGAGAAGGAGAUGCUGUGCAGAGGAUUGUGUUCAUCAUGCAUGGUCGUGUAAAGAGUAGCCAAAACCUCAGUCGAGGAAUGGUAGCCACGAGCAUACUUGAUCCUGGAGGAUUUUUCGGAGACGAACUUUUCUCAUGGUGCCUUCGCCGGCCUUUCAUAGAUAGGCUUCCUGCCUCUUCUGCAACAUUUACCUGUAUCGAAUCUACUGAAGCAUUUGCUCUUGAUGCAAACGAUCUACGGUAUAUCACUGACCACUUUCGCUACAAAUUCGCUAACGAAAGGCUUAUGCGUACUGCUAGACUUUAUUCGUCCAACUGGAGGACAUGGGCUGCUGUUAAUAUACAAUUGGCUUGGCGCCGUUACAUGCUGAGGACAAGACGAGUAUCAAAUCAUGACAUAGCUAAUGUCGAUAGUGAUCGUCGUCUCAGACAAUUCUUUGAAGUGCAUGACGUAGGAAAAACGAAGAAAUUUGCGCGAAUGGUUUAUUUGAAGAACAUUUGUAGGAAACGUGGUCUCUCUCCAGAAUAA